ACCACAACUUUUGCCUUCAUUCUUCUGAGUCACCUUUUCUCAUUUCUUCUGUAUAAUGGAUCUCUCUCUUCAAUGCCUUCUGCUAGUUGCAAGUCUCCUCCUGAUGCAAACGCUAUCACAUGCUGCAACCUGUAAUGACUGCUUCACUUCUUCUCGAGCAGCACACUAUCCGAAUUCUGAUGAACUUGGAACAGAUUCUGGAGCAUGUGGAUAUGGUUUAUUUGGAGCUACACUGAAUGGAGGAGAAGUAGCUGCUGCAUCUGAUCUAUACCAAAAUGGUAUUGGCUGUGGUGCCUGCUACAAGGUGAGGUGCACUAACAGCAACUAUUGCUCAGACAAAGGAACAACGGUUGUUAUUACUGACCAAGGAAUGAGUCAUAACACUGGGUUUAUCCUAAGUAGACGAGCAAUUGCCGGGAUGGCUCAAACUACAGACUCAGCUGCAUCAUUGCAAGCUCUUGGAAUAAUAGAUAUUGAGUACAAAAGAGUUUCAUGCAGCUAUCCUAACAGGAACAUAACGAUAAAAAUUGACGAGAAUAGCAACUACCCUCACUAUCUUGCUUUUGUCAUCUGGUAUCAGCAAGGGCAGAGAGAUAUUACUGCUGUGCAGCUGUGUGAGACUCAAAAUCAGGCAUGCAAGCUCUUGGAUAGGAGCUAUGGAGCGGUAUGGACAACAACUUCACCUCCUACUGGGCUCUUAUCACUGAGGAUGCUAUUCAGUGAUGAAAAUGGAUAUGAAACUUGGGUUGUUCCCCCUACCAACAUACCGAGUAACUGGAAAACUGGAGAAACAUAUGAUACUGGAAUUCAAGUGAACCUAUAAUAGCUCUGUUUAUGCUUCCUUUCAUAUAUUACUUCUCUUUUAGUACGUCCCACAGAGGAGAUAGGUUCAAAAAGCAAUUCAAGAAUGUAAUGAUUUUGGUUUUGAUUGAAAAUAUUACACUACCAAUAAAAGUUCACUCUGAAUACCUUAUAUAAUCUCUUAAGAUGAAGUGCCAUUGACAUCUCAGUACUACUAUUUAAAAUGCCAUGCCAAAUUACUGACAGACAUUAUCAGCCAAAUUCCACGGAAGUCUAUAUUACAUAAAAAAGAAAAAAUAACAGGAUUAGCAGCUGAAGAUACCAUAUUCAGACACUGAAUUCAAUCUUCAAAUGAUCUAGACUUGGCAGGAAUAAUCUGUUCUCCAUGCCAGCGACACCAACGGGAUACAUUAGACUUAGUCGUGCAAACUAAAAUUGAAAUGGCGAAAUAGUUGCAUUACCUGAAAUCAUUGGCUCAAGUGGACCACUUCCCGAACACCUAGCAUCAAUAACAGUUCAAGGUUUUGCCUCAUCCUAAUAAUUUUUGUGAAAGCACAGUAACUAAAAAUUGAAAAAGUAUCAGGUUAUGUUAUUCUUUAAGUACUUCCCACUACUUUUAUUGAAUAGAAUAAUAAGGUGGAAAGCUUGAUAAGGAUCAGGAUGAAACUACACCAAGUUGAAUCAGGCUUAUUUAUAUGGAACAAACUAAGCAGGACGAGAAUCUAUAAACUUACCAUGGUAAG